AUGCCGCAGGAUGGCAAUAACUCUAGCUUGAAAGGGCUGUCAAACGACGAAGAAGGCGCAUGCUGCCUCUACCCAAGCAAGCGCUGCGAUAACCUUCGCGUCACCAAGGCCAACGGCCAACUGCACAAAUUCUGCCAGUAUCACCGUGGCAAGGCAAACUACAACCAGCGUCAGCUCGAGUUCAAGCGCCGAAUGCAGAGGGAACAGCUGCAGUCUGCUGUCGGACGAUGCAGUAAGAGUGAUAAUCAAGACGACGAAGACUUCGAGCUGGACGAGGAAUAUCUUCGUCUUAUAGAAGAAGUGGCUACUUCGACUGUUGCAGAUGGGGCUUUGCACAAGAACCACUAG